GUAUAUGUAUAUAUAUUGUGCAGAAGACCUAUUUGACAAGUAUAGGGGCUUACCACUUACAACAACGUCGAGCGCUGUAUUCAGUACUGACUGUUGUUACAAUUAGCACUGUGCGUUGGACAGAAAGACAUCAAGAUAAAGAAAAUAUAUUAUGGAGGCCGCCACUUCAAGAAGUGAGUUCAAGUAUUCACAAAAAGUACCGGAUCUUCACAACAAAAUGGUGACAAAAUUGAGUCGGGAAAUAGCACCCUGUAGAAGCAUGAUGAACGAUUGGAAUAAUCUGUUACUAUUGUUUUCAAACGAUGCCCCCCUAUCAAAUGUACAGAUUGACGGCAUCAGCAGUGUUGGCGAUCUGGUGAGACUGCUGUUGGGAGAAAACUAUAUCAGUUAUGAAGAUUACGAACCAUUUGCAAAGAAACUGGCAAAUGUCUUUCCACGAAUGGCCACACUUGUACGAGAGGAAUCAAAGAAGAUUAUGGAACAAGUUAGCACCGAAAAGAAAGAUGCUGGUUCGAUACGGUAAACAAACCCUUACCUGCACCUCGAUUUGAUUCUACUCUGCUCAUCAGUCUUUUGAAAACAAACAUUGGACAUUUAGAUUUUUUUGUCAGUAUAAUAAUAUUGUUACCAGUGUUUUGUUUGUAAAAUAUGCUUGAAAAUAGUACAGCAGAGAAAGAUAUUGGAGUUUGUAGUAGAUUAGGGUUUGAGCCUCACAACACAUAUCCAUCAAGCAUUAAAUAAAGCUAACAUCAUCGUAUGUGUCAUAAGGCGAUUAUUUGUAUAUCUGGAUGAAAACAUGAUCACAAAUAUGUUGAAAGGGCUGGAACUGCAUGUACCUCAGACCUUUUUGCAGGACAUUUUGAAAUGUAAUACUGUAUUCAAUUUUAAGUAGUUUAUUAAAUUUAUUAAAACAUU